UAAGGGCAAGGUGGCAAGCCUGGGUCCCCCCACCCGCUGGCCCCAGUCGGCCCCAACUGACACCGUCCAUCAAGGCAGUAUAAAGCAGCGCGGCUGCUGCGCUCCAGACACCAAGCGUCUGCCUCCCCGGGAGCCUGAGCCGCGGGUGCUGAACUGAACUCCCUGAAGCCUCUGCAAAAUGUGUGACGACGAGGAGACCACCGCUCUGGUUUGUGACAAUGGCUCUGGACUGGUGAAAGCAGGCUUUGCCGGCGAUGAUGCCCCUCGGGCUGUUUUCCCAUCCAUCGUGGGCCGCCCCCGCCACCAGGGUGUCAUGGUGGGUAUGGGUCAGAAAGAUUCCUAUGUAGGUGAUGAGGCUCAGAGCAAGAGAGGUAUCCUCACCCUGAAGUACCCCAUUGAGCAUGGCAUUAUCACCAACUGGGAUGACAUGGAAAAGAUCUGGCACCACACCUUCUACAAUGAACUUCGCGUAGCCCCUGAGGAGCACCCCACUCUGCUCACUGAGGCCCCCCUGAAUCCCAAGGCCAACCGAGAGAAGAUGACUCAGAUCAUGUUUGAGACCUUCAAUGUCCCUGCCAUGUAUGUGGCUAUCCAGGCAGUGCUGUCCUUGUAUGCUUCUGGCCGUACCACAGGAAUUGUUCUUGACUCUGGUGAUGGUGUCACUCACAAUGUCCCCAUCUAUGAGGGCUAUGCUCUGCCUCAUGCCAUCAUGCGUCUGGAUCUGGCUGGUAGGGAUCUAACCGAUUACCUCAUGAAGAUCCUUACUGAGCGUGGCUACUCCUUUGUCACUACUGCUGAACGUGAAAUUGUUCGUGAUAUCAAAGAAAAACUGUGCUAUGUUGCCUUGGACUUUGAGAAUGAAAUGGCCACAGCAGCCUCUUCCUCUUCCCUGGAAAAGAGCUAUGAAUUGCCUGAUGGUCAAGUCAUCACCAUUGGCAAUGAACGUUUCCGCUGUCCCGAGACUCUGUUCCAACCCUCCUUCAUUGGUAUGGAAUCUGCUGGCAUCCAUGAGACCACUUACAACAGCAUCAUGAAAUGUGACAUUGACAUCCGUAAGGACCUGUAUGCUAACAAUGUCUUAUCUGGAGGCACCACUAUGUACCCCGGUAUUGCUGACCGUAUGCAGAAGGAAAUCACUGCUCUGGCUCCCAGCACCAUGAAGAUUAAGAUCAUUGCUCCUCCUGAGCGCAAGUACUCUGUCUGGAUUGGGGGCUCCAUCUUGGCUUCCCUGUCCACAUUCCAGCAAAUGUGGAUUAGCAAACAAGAAUAUGAUGAGGCUGGCCCAUCCAUUGUCCACCGCAAAUGCUUCUAAAGUGCCUUCUCCCUCAGUUUACUUCCCACUCAGGAUGACAAUGUUAUGCUUCUUGGAGUCUUCCAUACCACCCUACCUGAACUCUCUUCAGUCAUUGUACAGUUUGUUUACACACAUGUGCAAUUUAUUUGUGCUUCUAAUAUUUAUUGCUUUAUAAAUAAACAAGACCGGGACUUGCAACCUA